CAGCGGGACGGAACGGAACAGAACAAAUUCAAACGGAUCGAAUCGGUCUCAGAUCGGAUCGCGGGUUUACAACCGGGGAAAGGACGGAAAGAGACCAGAAUGGCCGGUAGAUCAGUGGGGAGAGGCAUAAGGUACUCUUUCAGCGCGGACACGUAUGUACGUGAAAGUAACUCUUACAGUUCACCGGUGAUCGUGUAUUUUCUUGGUGCUUUAUGGUGUCCGCGGUCCGACCGUUUUCUACGCCACCCGUUCAUUCAUCGAUUUUUGUCAAACCGCAGCCGAAUCAUACGAACGAGAGGGAAUAAGUGAAGAACGAAAAAGUGAAGAAGACGAGGUAGGGUGACUGAAACCUAUAAACGAUCUAUCCUUCGGUUCACAGCUGAAAGGAAGCUGCGAGAAGAUUUGGGAAGAGACACCGGGGGAGUUACUACGCCGGCGCAUGCAUAAAUCUGCGUAUUAACGGUUACUUUAUCACCGGGCGAACUCGUCGUCGCGUUAACGUUCAUCGUCCGCUGUUAGUUUCGCUCGCAUCCCGGGCGAAAGUCGCCUCCGAGAUACAAAGCGCGCCGAUACACUUCGCCUGGCCGCUAAUAUGUUCGUUUAACUUUUACUUUUCAUCGAGGAAUCCCCGUGUGUCAACGUGCAGAGAAGAAAAACCGAUUUACAACUCAGCUCUUCAUCCGGUGAUACCAAUUGCAUCCACGAGUGACGUCCAAAUCAGCGAACCAGUUGGAACCGAGAUUUUAAUUAAAAAACAAAAUUAAACAAUCUUUAUAAGAUCGAAAUAAAUCGAAGCCUUGUUAUCUCAUCUUACGUCGUACCGUGCGGAGGAUUAACAUAUUACACGAAACAGGAUUUAAGUGUGGCAAGACUACUCUCAACGCUCGUUUUCUAACGAGCCAAUCGUCCCGACCAGAUGAAUGAUUUUUAAAGGAAAAUCUUGUCGUGUUGCUCGUCGUAACAGCUGUUUUCGUCGCGGAGCGAUCCGUGACUCGAGUCCCAAUCGGGGAAAAACAGCAGAGGACAAUUUGUAAUUCUCGCAUUGAAGACGUGCGCGACGGAAGAACUCGUUCGUUUAAUUAACGGUAAAUGGAUGUUCCGAUUAAAAAGAGGAAGAAGAACUUGCGAGCCACGGGUUAGUAAUAAUAAUUGAACGUAAAGUGAAUCGUCGAUAGUGAAUGUUGGAUACGUGAUUUCAUCAAAUAGCGUUGAUAGUUUCUUCCUAACUCUUCUUCGAUUCCUUCCUUUCAUUGUUUCACGUGAUUCUUAUAUCCCCUUCGAUUCUCCUCGAUCAUGAGAGAAAUCGUAAUACUUGCCAUAUGCCUACUGGGUGUCGUGUUCGCUGGAAGUCCUAGACUGCCCAGGACCUCAGCCGAUGAACGUAACACCCGUAAUGUCAGUAACAAUGGAGCCAACGCCACCGGAAAUGCGAUACCGCCGGUGUCUAGCCGCAAUGUUCAACGAAACAGGGAGCAGUACCUGUUCAACGUGUUCGAAGUGAUAGUUUCGACGUUGGAAUCGAAGUUGCAACGAAUCGAGAAUUUGGACAAAGCAGUCGAGCACUUGAUGAGGAGAGUGGAGGCCCUGGACUCUCGGGUGAACGAUAACAUCGAUAAGACCGACUCGGUGAUUACGAAGCUGAGGACAUUAGAUCUGAAGCUAUUCAACCCUCAUACAACGUUCGUACCGAGCGAGGCCACAUACCAGGCAAGGUUGCCCAACGAUAAGAAUGAGAACGUCGUCAAAAGCGCCUCGACGUUGCACGCGAUUCAUCAGAGUCGAUCUGAGCCGUCAUCGGAGAUGCUCGGCGAGAAAUUGGUGUCCCUCGAUCAAAAAGUGUCUGACAUCGACAACAAGCUGAUCGAUCUGAAAAAUCAACUGGACAGCAACUUCCUGCAGAACGACGAUAUAAACGCAGAGGCCAGCGAGAAGAAGCCGGUUAGCAUGAGCGUGAUUGAAAUCACGAAGGCCAUGAGUAAUGAGGUGAUAAAUCACAUCACGAUCGAGAUCGAGAAUCUGAGACAGGCGACGAACAAUAUGGACAGGAAGCUGCAGUUCCAUGUGAAUCUUGUGUCCGAUCGCCUGGGGACCAUCUAUGACAUGAUGACCGACGUGCAUGACGCGAUUUUGGUCAGAGGGACUGCAAACCCCCGGCAAACGUAUAACGUUACUACUACGACUACCACCGAGUCGCCACCGAAGCAAAAUAAAAUUGAUCGACUCGUGGAACAGAUGUAUCCGAUGUUGACCGUUUCGGAAAAGAUGGACGAAGUCUGGAACGUCGUGAUUGGAACGAAGAGUUCAGUGGACGAUCUGUUACCGAAGUCCGACGAACUCCUGACGCAGACGCAGAGGCAGGAAAGGGCGAUCAAUGAGAUCCAUGCUGAUCUCAGAUCGAAGACGAAUAAGAUCAUCGAGAAUUUAGAAGGUGUCGAGAACAGGCUUCGAAAGCAAGAGGACGACGUCGCCAGCCUUGCUCAACGUCCGAUCCCAGCGGAACUGUUGCUCGACCCUACGAUCGACCGGCUCGUCGAAUAUGAUUCAAGUAGGUCAGUUUUUUUUCUGUUUCUUAUUUAUUUCCCCGAACGUCUUUCCCUUGGAUAUUACGUACGACUCUCAUGCAAGAUCAAGAUUUAUUGGGUCGACGCAGAAGCUUUUNGGCAAUAUAGGGAUAACGAUAGAUCGUCGCUGAAUUGUGCUUCUAUGCUGAAAGGUGGGUGGUGGUGGAAGUCGUGCGGAAGGGGUUUGAAUGGUCUUUACCUGAACGACCCACAGGAUUUAACUGCUCGACAAGGCAUCGUAUGGUUCCGUUGGAGAGGAUGGGAUUACACGUUGAAGCGUGCCUCGAUGAUGAUCAAACCGAAAGGACCAGCUACUGCGGCAGCGACAUAAGUGAUUUCAGAUGAUGUGUAAAAAGUCUUAGAAAAUAAUUAGUGCGAGGCAACGCGCGCAGCGUUCGGUAAUACAGAAGGACGCGAGUUCUCAGUUACCAAAUAUAUUCAUAAGAAUGUUUGGAAACGGCGAAAGAAAAAUUCGCUCUCCAGAGAAUUUGCGUUCGCGUCCUCGUCGAUUUCACUGAAUGCAAUUUUGUUUGGAGUAAAAAAAAGUAUUUAUUUCGAGCCAAUUCGUUUUCACCGGGACUUAGAUCCGAAAUUAUGUACAAAGCCAUUAGAGGUAUAUUUUAAUUAAUAUUGACAUAUGAAACAAUUCGGCGGGUGGCAAGAGAGAAAUGCGAGUAAUUUAUAGGUCUUCGGAUUAGAUGACAUCGUUAAGUGAUGCGAUACAUGAAACACGGACUGUCAUUUGUAAAUUGCAUCCCGACCCACUUUGAAAAAGAAUGAAACAAUAAACUCGUGAUUUAUACUUUUUCAAAGCA